GCACCAACACUCUCCUUUACGUUAACCACAAGACAUGAGCAGCCUCAAAGACCAGGCUGUGCUGCAGACCAUCUUCAACACCAACAACCCAUUUGGCGAUGAUCUCUGGCUAGAAACAGAGGUCGAACUGACCGAUGACGAUAGCAGGUUUGAUUCGGUGCUGGUGGAACAGGCCAAGGACUUAGAACUCCGUGGAGUAUCUCUGGCGGAGUCUGGGAAUAUUGAUGCGGCCGUGGAUUUAUUUGAUCAGGCCAUCGCAAUUAUUCCCGAGCGAGCAUCUGCUUACAACAAUCGCGCACAGGCUCUCCGACUAAAGGGAGAUACGACAGGGGCUCUGAGUAGCUUGAACAAGGCAGUGGAGCUAAGUGGAGGCAAAGGGUGGACAGCCAGCCAGGCUUUGGUCCAGCGUGGACUUCUCCACAGACUCAACCAACGGGAUGCAGAGGCUCUGCAAGACUUCCGACAGGCGGCCGAAAUGGGUAAUAAGUUCGCUAGGAAGCAAGUGACCCUCAUGAACCCCUAUGCAGCUCUAUGCAACCGCAUGCUGGCUGAAAUGUUGAACCUCAGAAAUCCCAAGCCCUCUCCACCACCAUCUCUGUGAGGGGUCGUAUUCCAUUGGUAGCUGAGAUGAGUAAGAUUGAUGCUUCUCCACAUCUGUUAAUUUUCUUUAAAAUUAUUUACAUUUUUGGCCCUGUUUAUUAUAAACUCAGAGCACUACAACACAAAACAGGCCAUUUGGUCUAUCUAGUCUAUGCCAAGCUAUUAAUCUGCCUAGUCCCAUUGACCCACAUUUGUACCAUAGCCCUCCAUAUCCCUCCCUUCCAUGCAUGUAUCCAAACUUCCCUUAAAUGUUACAAUUGAACCCUCACCCACCUCUUCCACUGGCAGCUCGUUUCACACUUGUACUACCCUUUGAGUAAUAGAGUUCCGCCUCAGCUUGACCCUUUUACCCUUAACCUAUGACCUGUAAUUCUAGUCUCAUCUGUUGUGAAACAGCCUCCCUCUUUGCUCCUGGAUGGAUUCAUAGUUGCCACUCCUGGGCCUUGAGACUUGAUUCUAGUUGGCUCCAACUCUGGACUUGCCCCCUCCUGCCAUCUCCCUCUUUUAAACUAUUGGGUAACGCCAUUGUUUGAGAGGGAGCCAUGGUCACCACCAAGCCCAGUUAGGCUCCUUGCCCAUCACACUUUACCAGAUCCUUUGAGGAUUCUGCUGUUGGUUAUUAGAGCUUGUGUGAUGGAGGCGUGCACCCUUGCUUGCCAAAUUAUGUAGCAGUUAGCCAAGCCAUCUUAUUAGUUGUUAAUGGACUAUAAACAAGGCAUGCAUUUGCUACUACUAGUUACCCAAUUCUGUGGAAAGGCAGUCUCAUCCCUUAAACUGGUAACCCCAGACUGUGAGUCUGCAGCUAUAUGACUAGUUAUCAAAUUUAGAAUGAGGGUCUAUCCCUCUACAUACACUAUUCACCCAAGAAAUAGUUACCUUUAUUUAUAGUUUUAGUAUUUGACACCUAUCAAGGAUGGGGCACCACGGUAGCAUACCGGUUAAUAUGACGUUAUUACAGCUCAGGGUGUCAGAGUUCAGAGUUCAAUUCUGAUGUCAUCUGUAAGAAAGUUUGGGUGUUCUUCCUGUGUGCGCGUGUGUUUCCUCUGGAUGCUCCAGUUUCCUCCCACAGUCCAAAGACGUACCAUUUAGUAGGUUAAUUGAUCAUUGUAAAUUGUGAUUAGUCUAGUGUUAAAUAGGUGGAUUGCUGGGCAGCAUGACUCGUUGGACUGUGAGGGGCUGUUUCACACAGUAUAACUAAAUAAAUAGAAAUAAAAUAAAUAAAAAUAUAGCUUCAUCUUUUGAUUAUAAAUUUAAUAUAAUUAAGUUCAGCCUUUCUCAACAAAGGGUAAACAAGGAACACCUGGAUCGACCUGUUGGGUUUACUCCUGUCAGUGAAAGCUGUGCAGUGGAUGUUCCUAAUAAAAGGCUUGUAAUGCCUCCUUUGUUUAACAUCAGCCUGGAACUGAUGAGUGCAUUUAGCAAGAGGGUGAGUGGCUCAGUAACUACACUCUCAAUGCAAAAGAUUAGGAACUGGCAGAUGUUCAAAUGUCAGAUCUCCCAACAAUUAAAGAAAUGAAGUACAAGAUCAAAUGUGUUUUACUUUGGCCUGACAGCUAAGUGAAAUGCAGAGGUAUAGGGUGAUAAGUUUUGGAGAGUCAGGAGAUUGGAUUUCAGCUUCUAAUGAGGGCAAAUUGGACAAUUGAUUAUCUUCCAUAUUUUCCAAAGACCAUUAUGCAGAAAUGGUGGUGGAUGUGUAAUAGAUAUUUUUCUGACACUAUCUGUAAAAUAAAGUCUGUUUAU